AUGUCUGUUCCUCCGUCAGCCACAGACCAAGGAAACAUUCAUUGGUCUAGAGAAGAGACCAUGGUGUUGAUUGAUUUCUAUCGUCAGCACCCUUGUCUAUGGAAUGUUAAAGUGGACAUGUACAGGGAUAGGGACAAACGUGCAGCGGCACUGAGGCAGAUUACAGAGUACAUGAAUAGAAGCGACUACGUUACCACAAGUGAUGUGAAGAGAGAAAUUGAAUCACUUCGAAAUCAGCAUAGACGGGAACUAAGAAAGAUGCAAAAAUCAAAACAGUCUGGAGCUGAUGCUGAUAAUAUCCUGAAAGAGGCCCUCCACCACCUGCAGUCAUUAUCUUCCUCCGAAAAUAUUAUAAAUGAUGCAGACAGUGAUUUUGGUCAGGUUGUUGCUAACGAUCUUCGACAGAUGAGCGGUGAAAAUAAAAUACAUGCUCAGAAACUUAUUUAUGAGAUCCUUUAUCCGGGGAAACUAGGUAGGCUUUCCUCCUCAACGACUAUUAUGUAA